AUUCAACGCGGUUACAGUUAAUGAGCCUGACGAUGCCUUUUUUUUUUAUUAUUUUAAAAUGAUGCUUCAACUACGUAAACAAGCUUGUAGCUUAUUCCGGAUAUGACGUAUUUACAAACGCUUCUUGGACACACACGGAAAUGACGACAUUCUUUUCCAGACGAACCAAUGAACCACUGGAGAGGUGCCCGCUUCAUUCCGUCGCAGAACAGUAGUGCAUCAGGUGGACGGAGGAGACGGAGGAAGAAAGAGCGAUGUCAAAGCGAAAGCAAAACCCAAGAGAAAGAAGUGGAAGAAAAAGAAGAGGGCCUUGGAAAAGAGAGAAAGGAAACCGUUCCCAUAGUGUCCUGCCAAACCAUGUGCCCGGCACAAGAGCUAUGGGACCGUGAGUCUCAGAACCGGCUUCACCGUUUCGAAAUGGUCCCAGGCACAGAGAAGUUUCGAAAGCCGAGAGGAGAUCCUCUGCGUACUGUCAAGGAAUAUUCCAGACCAGCAGCAGGGAAAGAUGUGACAAAGCCCUCUGACCUGCGACCACCUGAUGUGUUGCUGAAGACCGUUUGCUAUCUUAUUGAUGAAAUUGCAGGAUCACCUAGUCUGCACCCAUGGACUGAGGUGUACAGCUUUGUGUUUGAUCGGCUGCGUAGCGUGAAACAGGACAUGAUCAUUCAAAGGUUGUCUGGAAAGGACUGUGUGGCCAUUUUAGAGCGAACAGUGCGUUUCCACAUCUAUGCUUCGUAUCAUCUUUGCGGUGAGCCCCUGCGGAUUUACGAUCCACGCAUCAAUGAUACGCAUCUACAAGAAUACCUGAGUUGGCUGUUUGACUGCUACAAAAGUGGAAGCGGACCAUAUCCAAACCAGGUGGAGUUUCAGACUCUCGGUUUGCUCUACAACCUGGGUUCAAGUCCCGCCACGCAGCACGUCUUGGAACUCCCUGAGCGCCUGCGCCAAACUCCUUCAGUCAAACUCGCUGUAGCAAUCAAUCAAGCAUUUCUGGCAGGAAACCCUGUACGUUUACUGCGAUUAGCCCAGAGGCUGGACUUCUUGCAGGCCUGUGCGCUGCAUCGCCACCUGGUGACAUGUCGCAGACACUUGCUGCUUAUAUACAGCCAUGGAUACAACAGCCGCAACUGUCGCUUCCCUCUUGACAGACUCGCACAGCUCUUGUCCUUGGAAACAUCCCUUACAGCUGAACUUUGCCAGGUGUACGGCAUUGAGGUGAAUCAGCACAACCAAGUGUUGUUUUCCAAAAGUACUUUCACUGAACCGGAACAAGGGGAACUGGAUUGUAAACUGUAUCACAACAUGGUGUCUGAGAAACAGAGAGGUCUCACUGUUAAGAGCAUCAUUCACAACUGUUCUUGAUACAGAUUUUUGGCUGCUAAUAAGUGCUUGUGAUGCCUUAUUAGUUUUGUAGAAAAAGGUGUGUUCGUGUAACAGAAAUCUUCAGGUCUCAUUUAAAAUGUUACAGCAGAGUUUAACUUGCAUGAAAUAUUAAAUAGUUGUAUUCUAGCAUGGACAGCAGUGGGAUGUUUUACUGAACAAAAACAGUCGAUAGUCUUACCUCAGUCCUCUGAAUGUGAAUUAAUUUCUUACUGUUAAUGUUUAUUAUCUUGACUUUUUUUUUUUUUUUUUAUUGAGGGCAAUAAGCAAUUACCCCUCUUUCACACUGACUACGUUCGUGUCUGCUCUGUCAUCCGUCGCAAAUUGUGCCGUGCAGCAAUUCGUGCAGGGUUGAAUUUGAACCCCCGUUGAAAUUCACGUGUAUGUACUCCGUCAUCCAACAUAAAUAGUCAAUCCCAAUCUCUGACGGACGGCGGCUUCUCAUCAUGCCGCAGCGCCACGGAGCCAGUGUGCAUUGACUAGCAUUGACUGGCGUGGCUUCUAUUUACAACGGAGAGCAAAACUGUUGAAUGAUGGAGUCUGUGUUAAUGAGGGGUAAGAGACUGAGCAUGAAUAACUUGAAAGUCUGACAGUUUGUUAUUAAAUGUUGGAUUAUUGUGCUAUCUUUGUCUUAUCUCAUAAAACAUUUAGGAGAUUUUAAUUUGCAUUUUUUUAUCAAACAGUGUACUGUGAAACCAUUUCAAUAAAUAUUUGUUACCAAACAGA